ACAAAGUUGUUGUACAAGCUGUUGUAUGUUGAAUUUACAGCUGUUUUAUUUCUUAUUCUUAUUUUCUCUUCUUACAUUUUGUACAGCAAAUUUUUCUGUUCCUCAUGUUUCUGUGAAUACCGAGAGAUUGAUUGAAGACUUGAAAAUACUUGGGCAGUUUUCCGAUGGUGACUACCCAGGUAUUACUCGACUUUUAUACAGCAAAGAGGAUAAGGCAGCUCGACGCUAUUUAGUAGCUUUAUUUGAAAAGUCUGGUCUGUCAGUUUCUUGGGAUCCGGUUGGGAACAUAUUCGCUCGGUGGGAGGGUAGCGAUCCGAGAGCACCUGCAGUGGCUUCUGGUUCUCAUUUUGAUACUUUGUUGAAUGCAGGCUUGUAUGAUGGCACUCUGGGUGUUUUAGGAGCAUUGGAAGCCGUAAGAAGUUUAAAGGAAGUUGGAUUUGAGCCAAAGAGGUCCAUCGAUAUAAUUGCUUUUACUUCAGAAGAAGUUAGUCGGUUUGGAAUCGGCUGUUUGGGCAGUCGUUAUCUGGUCGGAAGUCUUUCGAUUGAAGAGUUAGUGAAACUUAAGGAUAGUGAUGGAGUGGAUUUUGAAAGUGCUCGAAAGAGUUGUGGAUAUACAGAAAGGCUUGAAGAUUCUAAGAUAUCGGAAGACUUCUACUCUGCAUUUGUUGAACUGCAUAUCGAACAAUAUCAUAUUUUGGAAGAUGAAGGGAUUCCUAUUGGCUUAGUGACGGAUAUUGCAGCUCCAGCGUUGUACACAAUAGAAUGGAAAGGUCCUGGAGGUCAUGCUGGAAGUGUUCCGUCUAAUGAACGACAGGAUCCAUUCUUGGCAGCUUCAGAAUUUGCUCUUUCCUUGGAGCAACUUGUGCUAAGAGAUCCCAAAAACAGCCGUGCUACUAUUGGUCGAGUUGAGGUAUAUCCUGGUUCGGCAGGAGCUAUUCCUCGUUCUGCCCGUCUAUCAUUAGAUAUUCGAGAUAUCAACGAGGAGUCUAGGACGAGAGUAAAGGACCUAUCAUUAGAGAAGGCUGCUGCUAUUGCGAGGAAGAGAAAAGUAACCAUGGAAACAUCACACAAUUAUUCCUAUCCGCCAGCAAGAAUGGAUCAGCGAAUUAUUCAAGUUAUGGAAGAUUCCUGUAGAGCGUAUAAUUUUCGAUAUUUAAAACUCGUUUCCAGACCUUUUCAUGAUUCUCUGUUUAUGGCAACAAAAUUUCCAACUGGCAUGAUUUUUAUUCCUUGCAAUGGAGGAAAAAGUCAUGUACCAGAUGAAUAUGCUUCUCCAGAUGAUAUAUCACAUGGAGUUGAAGUGUUGGCUGAGACACUGGCAAGGCUAUCAUAUCAAUAAAGAAGGAAGUGUACCCCAUUAUUCC